AUGGACGACGACCAGGAGGCAUACCUCCUUCUGCUCCUGUCCGACAGCAACCUCCCCACAGGCUCCUUCGUUGCGUCUGCAGGCCUCGAGUCCUAUAUAACACAUGGCCUGUUCUCCCCCUCGGCGCGCGGGCUCCAGGGCACGAUGGACGCGACAAUGGAUUUUCUGCGCGACAGCCUGCGGACAUACGCGCGGAGUGCUCUCCCCUUCGUAUCGGACGCUCACCGUGCCGUUGAAUCAAUGCUUGCCGCACCCUCGAACAGCGGGCAGGACGACGCGUCCAGCACCGCGGUAGCGCAAAUCAAGGCCCUGGACGACUUAUACGAGGCCAUGACGUUAAACCAUGUCGCCCGACGCGCAUCCAAGUCGCAAGGCGUGGCCUUGCUCACACUGUACUCCAAGGGCUUCUCUAGACCAGCAUUCAUGCAGGCCAGGACACCGGACGACUCAGACACGCUCCGCCAAACCCAGGCGGGACUCUUCAUCGAUAGAUUGAAGCUGGAGGUCAGACGUGAGCAUACCCAUGGACACCUUCCUACCUGCUGGGGGAUUCUUACUGCUGCCCUUGGGCUUUCUCUUGAACGAAGCCAGUUCCUUCAUCUCUUCCUCCAUGCCCGAAGUUUGCUGUCAGCAUCUGUCCGCCUCAAUACGCUGGGACCGUAUGCGGCUCAGCAAUUGCUUUUGCACGCCGUACGGCCAAUGGUGGAAAGAGAAGCGACUCGUUGCAGGGACCUCAGGACUGGCUAUGAUGUCUCAACCAUAUCACCUAGAUCCUCAAAUCAGGAGUUUGACGAAACUACACACGGUCCAGCAGUAACCUGGCCCUUAGGAGAGAUCCUCGCUGCACGACACGACCUGCAGCAUUCGCGCAUAUUCAACAGCUGA